ACAACCUUACAAACAACAUGUUCUCCAAAAUUGUUGGCAUCAGCGCUGUUUUGGCGGUGGCCUCUGCAGGCCUCCUCCCAGCUGCCCACUACUCACCAGCAUCAGCAGUGUCUUCACAAAGCAUUGUCCGCCAUGAGCAGCCAAUCGCGGUAGCCGCUCCCGUUGCAUACCAAUCUGCUCAGCUGGGAUACGCCUCUCCCGCUCGUUACUCCGGCGCUGUCUCAUCUCAAAAUAUCGUCAGCCACCAACAGCCCAUUGCCUACAACGCCGCACCUCUAUCUUAUACCUCACCUCUCUCUUACGCUGCUCCCGCUCGUUACUCAUCUGCCGUCUCCUCCCAGAACAUCGUUAGCCACGGACAGGCUAUUGCUCCCGCCCGUCUGGCCUACCAAGCUGCCCCUGCUAUAGUCGCUCCAGUCGUCCACGCUGCUCCCCUUGUACACGCUGCUCCAGCCCGUGCCAUCAUCGCCCAACACGAGGAAUACGACGCAAACCCCAGCUACGACUUCGCCUACUCCGUAGCCGAUGGCCACACCGGUGACAACAAGUCCCAGCACGAGAGCCGUCAUGGAGACGUUGUUAACGGUGAAUACUCUCUGGUCGAAGCCGAUGGUUCAGUCCGUCGCGUUCAAUACACCGCUGACCCACACAACGGUUUCAAUGCCGUCGUCAGCAACUCUGCGCCCGCCCACCACGCCGCACCCGCAUACGCCCCAGCUACUGUUCUCGCCCACAACUUUAGUAUAAAACUUGCACUAAGUCCUUUGAUGAAUCAGUAUCAACCAAUUCUGUCUUUCAACAUGUUCUCUAAAGUACUUGCUUUAAGCGCGGUGUUAGCGGUGGCCAGUGCUGGUCUCCUGGCUGCUCCCGCAGUUCACUACUCUCCAGCUUCUGCGGUCUCCUCACAGAGCAUCGUGCGUCAUGAGCAGCCAAUCGCCGUAGCCGCUCCCGUCGCAUACCAAUCUGCUCCACUCUCAUACGCCUCUCCCGCUCGCUACUCGGCCGCUGUCUCCUCACAAAACAUCGUCCGCCACCAACAACCUAUCGCCGUAGCUGCUCCCAUUGCCUACAACGCCGCUCCUCUUUCUUAUGCCUCACCUCUUUCUUACGCUGCUCCUGCUCGUUACACAUCUGCCGUCUCCUCCCAGAACAUCGUUAGUCACGGACAGGCUGUUGCUCCCGCCCGUCUGGCCUACCAAGCUGCCCCUGCUAUAGUCGCUCCAGUCGUCCACGCUGCUCCCCUUGUACACGCUGCUCCAGCCCGUGCCAUCAUCGCCCAACACGAGGAAUACGACGCACACCCCAGCUACGACUUCUCCUACUCCGUAGCCGACGGUCACACCGGUGACAACAAAUCCCAGCACGAGAGCCGCGACGGAGAUGUUGUACGUGGUGAAUACUCCCUGGUUGAAGCUGACGGCUCAAUCCGUCGCGUAGAGUACUCCGCUGAUGACCACCAUGGCUUCAACGCUAUUGUCAGCAACUCUGCACCCACUCACGCCGCCUCCGCAUACGCCCCAGCUGCUGUUCUCGCCCACCAUUGAAUUUGAAUUAUUGUUCUUUAAUUCAAAAGAAAUGUAUUUAUUCUUAGUUCUAAAUAAAUGUAAUUAAAGUACAUGA